UCGGAAAUUUAAAUUCGAAAGAAUGUGUUAUAUUUUCCCGGAAAAACAUGGAGUCUAGUAAACAAAUGGCAAUGUUAAAUUAUAUUUUGAUUUUAAAUUAGAAGUUAUUUCAACUGUAAAGUUAUAAACGGGAUUUAUUUUGCUGAUAUUAAUUCGUGUUCUAUCGAUUUAAAUUCUGAGAUGUCUACCAAAGUAAAGCGAAAGGUAACAGUUGAAAAUAAUGAUAAUGCUGAAGCACCUAGAAGACAAAGUGUCUUUGAAAGACUAGGACCUGGUACAAUUAAUGUCAGUUCACAAUCUCAAGAAAGAAGCUCAAGAGGAGAGAUGGAAAAAUGUCGAAACUGGUUAAGAACUGGUAACUGUUCAUAUGGAUCCAAUUGUCGUUAUCAGCAUGAUCCUUUUCCUAGUAGUACCAGAAAUAAAUCUGAAAAAGAUAUUGAUGAGAAAGACUUGCGUCAUAAAGUAAGAAAUAAACGAGAAGAAACUAAAGAAACUUCAUCAGAUUUGCCUUCUCCAAAAAGACGACCACAUAAACGUAGUUCGAGUCAUAACAGGAGAAGCGAUCAUGAUGCUAAAAUAAAAUCUACCGUGGUUGUGACAAGACCUCGGUCUCCAACGAGUGAAACAGAAUUUAGAGAAAAGAAACGUCUUCGAGAAGGUAGUUGGGAAGAUGAUUCUGAUGAUUGGCCUGUUGAUGUUUCACAAUUGGAUUAUAAAGAAGAAUUAACACUUGAGCGUAAAAGACAACAAUUACAAAGAGAACUAGAAUUGGAAUUACAGAAAGAACGCAUGAUUAAUGAAAGUGUUACUAUUACUAAAACAGUAUCUGUUAGUGGAAGCAGUAGCAGUAGUAGCGAUAGCGAUAGUGAAAGUAGUAGCAGCGAUUCUUCCAGUAGCAGUAGUGGUGAUAGUGAUGAUAGUUCUUCCUCAUCAUCCUCUUCCAGUGAAUCAUCAACUCCAGUAAGGACUAAAAAACAAUCAAACAGAGAAAAUACAGGAGAUAAGUAUCAUGAUAUAAAAAAUAAUAUGAAAUUCAAAGAAAAAGAACAAUCUGUAAAUAGAGGUAGCAGACUUCAUACAAGUCAUGUAUCGAAUUCAAGCCCCGAAUCACAAAACAGAAGACGACAAAAAGAUAAAAGUGAAUUAAAAUCAUUUUCUCCAAAACAUUCUGGUAACCAUGGUGAUGGAAACAAUAAAAGGAAUGAUUAUCAUGGUAAUGAAGAAGAUUCCAGUUCAUUGAAUAGAUCUAAAGGACCGAGAACUCCUAGUCCAAGUGAUGGACGAAAGUCAAGACAAAAGACAUUAAAUUCAAGUUUAGAAAAUAAAGGUAUUAGAUCAAGAAGUAAGAGACAUAAAAAAAGAAGAGAUUUAAUUUCAAAAGAUGAAGCAAAUUAUAGAGGUACACAUGCUCCAACUCCUCCACCUUUAAGCAGUCCCAAUAGAAGUGCUGUAGCACCAUAUUUUCAAUAUCCAAAGAAGCAUAAAAUACCAGUAAAUAAUGAUAAAAUUCAAUCAAAGUCUAGUGAAUCAUCUGUACAUGCUAUUCCAAGUAGAGCUCAUCCUACUAAAUCUUCAAAUAUGUCUUCACACGAAAGUAGAAGGACUUUUGGUUCUUCACCUGAAGGAGAUAAAUCAUCCGAAAAAAGACCAGUAUCUAAAGAUUCACUUUGGCAUGGAUCUGAACAAAAAUUUUCUGCUGAUGACAACUAUAAUAAACAUUCACCAUUGCGACACAUUAAUGAAAGAAAGAAACAGCCCGUAAAAAAAAGAGAUCUGUCUAGUCAUAGAGAUUCUAUUCCAGUCAAAGAAAAAUUAGAAGAACCUGCAAUGUAUAAAUCAGAUAGAAAAUCAUUUCCUAGUGAUUCAAAUAAUAGGAAUAUCACCGAGCAAAGACGACGUUCUGUUUCACCAGUGAAAGAUAAAGAUUCAAGAGAACAUGAAAGAAAAAGAAUAGUUGAUGAUGUUCAGCGGAAAAAGAAUUCUAGAAGCGAAUCUCUAAGUAGAUGUAAAUCUACUAGAGAUGCAAUACUCUCUGAAAACUAUAAUAAUAAAAAAGAACCAGUCCAAAGAGCACCAUCUCCUGAAAUUAGAAAAACAAAAGGAAAUAAUAAGGACUUUAAAAAUACAACUAAAUACAGAUCUAAUAAUGUAAAUGAAUACUGGAAUAAUGAGGAGCAAAACAAAAUGGUUUAUGGAAAAACAACUCAUCGUAUCCAAGAUUCAAGAACACAACCAGAUACAAGACAUCAUCUUACUACUUCAUCAGAUCGACCAGAAAAAGAAAGAGGCGUUGAAAGAGGUCGAAAGAGGGAGAGAGAUAAAAGUCGAACUGGUAUAAGAGAUGAAAAUAGAUCUGAAAAAUUAAAAGUGUCCUCACCUACUAGAUCACAAUCUCCUUAUCAUGGUCAUUCAAUGAUUCGAGGUGUAGAAAUGUCAGUGCCUCCUCUUGUAAGAAGCCGAAGAUACGAUAGAGAUGUUUCUGGAGGGAGAGAACAUGAAUAUAUGUAUGGAAAUAAAGGAAUGGGUGAUGGAGGAUAUUUAGAAGAUAGGUAUAAUAUAAGGAGUGAACGUGGAACAGAUGUUUGUAGAAAUAUUGCUUAUAGUCCAGAACAGUACAGAGAUUCAAGAUAUCGCAGAGAAAUGAGCCAAUCACUUGAUCGUUAUGGAAAUUAUAUUGGAAAAGACAUUCAUUCAAUGAAUAACAGAUUAGAUAGUUAUGUUCAAGAUAUCCCUAUGGAUGAACAUUUACCUUUAGAAGAUCGUUGGAACAGGAAUCGUGCACCACAUCGAGAUAGUUGGGAAAGUUAUGGUGGAAUUGUUGAAAGUUCCUUGCCUGUUAUGAGCAAUGAAAUGCAACGAAUUCCUUAUGAUCUUGAAGAAGAUAGAUAUUCCAUGAGAAGUAGUCGACAUUCAGAUUGGUCUGGGGGAAAACAAGAAAAAAGAGAACGUAUGCAUUCUCCUAGUGGAAAAAGCAAAAGUUCUGGACCAAAAGAAAAAAUGUCACUCAUGGGAACUUACAGUGAAAAAGGAUCUCCUUAUUCACAAAAAAUACUUUAUUUAUGUCUUAACAUCCAAUUAUUACAUAANUGUAAAGACCAACAUUUUAAUAAACAAUAUAUAAUUUUUUUAGGCAAUGAAAUGCAACGAAUUCCUUAUGAUCUUGAAGAAGAUAGAUAUUCCAUGAGAAGUAGUCGACAUUCAGAUUGGUCUGGGGGAAAACAAGAAAAAAGAGAACGUAUGCAUUCUCCUAGUGGAAAAAGCAAAAGUUCUGGACCAAAAGAAAAAAUGUCACUCAUGGGAACUUACAGUGAAAAAGGAUCUCCUUAUUCACAUUCAGUUUCACAUCGCCAAGAAAUUCGAGAUAAAUCAAGAGCUUCUCCUAUGCAUACUCCUGUAGAUCUUUCACCUGCAAGUUGUGGAAGUAUUGAACAAUCUAAUAUUCAUAGUAAAAAUUUGGAGAGGAGAGAUGUAAAUAAAUCAAAGGAAAGACAGAGAAGUAAAGUAAAUAGAAGACAGAGCAGAGAUCGUUCCCGAACAACCACAACAGUUACUAAUAAUGAAAAGCUUGAUAAAAAUUCACAAAGUAGGAAGAGACAGCAAUCAUCAUCCCCUGUUGAUCGAGAAAAGAGAACAAAAACCAUAGAAGAAAACAUAAAUAAAAAGAAAAAGGAAGCAGAUUUAAAAAAAGAUUCUUCUUCGCCAUCAAUCACAAAUAGAAAGGUAAUGGCAUCACCAGUAGAAGAAAUUACACAAGUAUCAACAAAAGUUAUUGAUAAUCCAGUAAAAGUUGAAAAUAUAGAGAAGAAAGUUCAGAAGGAAACUGAAACAGCUAAAAUUCCUGAUCCAGAAUUUAGUGAUUGGAGUGAAGAUGAUGAUGAUGAUUUGUUAACUCAAGAUAUUCCUGGGGAAGAAGAAAUAAAGAAACCUGAAAUUUCUAAUGAAGAUUCUGUUUCUGAAAAAAGUGAUGUACAUAAACAAGAAAAUCAAGUAGCAAUACAGCCAGAAUGUAAAAAGGAAAUUGAGAACAAAGAAAUUGUGGUUCAAGAUGAUGAAAAGCAAAAUUCAGUGUUGAUUAAGAAAGAAACUAAUUCUUCCACAAAGGCAGCAGACGUAAUUAAUGAUGACGCAAGCCAAAUGACUUUGGAAGAAGCUGUUGAUUAUGACCCUAUUAGUGAUGAAGAAUUAGAUGCUAUCUUGGGUGAACAGGAUGAAGGUGAUUCUAAGUUAUCGGAAAUAGGAGAAAAAUGUGGAAUAUUUGAUACACUCGAAGUUGAUUGGGAUAGUUUACAGAAUAAAACAAAAGAUUUUGUUCCUGGUAAUGCUCGAAAGAGAUUUACAACAGCUAAAAUUUUGUCACAAAUAGGUUUUUCACAAAAUCUAAUUGGGCCAGAUAUGACAGCUAAGAUUCUAGAUUAUUGCCAAAAACAAAUUGACAAAGAAAAAACUGAUGUAUCUGAAGAAAAUAGAGAAGAUAGUUCUAAUUUAAAAGACAUUAAAAUGGAACAUCCAAUAGCAGCCUUCCAUGUCAGUAUUAGUGCAAACAAACAAGAAAGGAGUAACGUGUUAUAUAAUCUUGGGCCUUAUCGUCAUGCUUUAUGUGCUCGUCAAGAUCUUAUGAUGCGCAGAUUACUCUGUAAACCAACAAAUAAGAUUUUAGAUUCAAGUAAUGCUUAUCAUAAUCAAACUACUGUAGAUACUGACCUGUACAAAUUAAGUGUGGAAUUGUGGAAACAAAAAAUUUAUCCUGUCCAGCAAGUAAUUCAUGCCUCUACGUAGAAAAACAAAGUUUCAUGUUUCAGUAUACAUAAAUUAUUUGCUGUAAAACGGCCUUAAAUAUUUUGGAAAGAUAUAAGCAAGGCAAAGAAUAAAAAGUUUUAUUAUACAAUCUUGUGCAAUAAAACAUUUAAAUAUUUUUACAUUU